AUGGACUUUAUAAUCGGGGGAUUGGCCGGGGCAGGCGCUUCAGCAUUCACAACCCCAAUGGACGUGGUGAAAACACGUCUACAGUUGCAAGGAGAAUUACAAUCCUCAUCUGAAACGAAAACUAAAUAUCGGGGGACCUUUCAUGCAAUGUAUGUCAUUGUGAUGAAGGAUGGGAUAAAAGGGCUGCAAAAAGGCUUGGCUCCAGCUUUGAUACUUGGUUUCGUUGUUAAUUCUGUGAGGCUAGGAAUUUAUCACAUAGCAGAAGUACAUGGUUGGACAAAAAACAAAAAUGGAGACAUCAGUGUUGACAAAGCAAUCUUCUGGUCGGGUAUAGGUGGUUUAUUGGGUGGUAUUAUUUGCAACCCUCUACUUGUCAUCAGGACUAGAUUACAAUCAAAUGCUCACCCAAGUAUAGCUGUAGGAAGACAGUAUAAAUAUAAUGGGCUAUGUGACGGUUUCAUCAAAAUAUUUAAGUCUGAGGGUAUAAAAGGUUUCGUCGCUGGAAUAUCAGUAACUGGUCCGAGGGUGGCCAUUGGCAGCGCCACACAACUGACCACAUUUUCCAAAGCUAAGGAAAUGUUACUUUCUCAUGGUAUGUGUAAUUCUUCUCCAUUUGCCUUGGCCUUUGCUGCAAGUGCAGUAAGCGGUAUUGUGAUAGUUCUGACCGUCUGUCCGAUUGACGUCGCCGCCAUCCGCUUGUACAAUCAGGGUCCGGCACAAAAUGGCAAAUUAUUGUACACGGGGAUAGUAGACUGCAUCACCAAGAUAUACAGAACCGAAGGUCUACACGGAUUGUACAAAGGAGUUGGACCGCUGUACCUAAAACUGGCUCCUCACACAACAAUUUCACUCGUCAUCUGGGAUGUACUAAACAAUUUUCUACAACGAAAUAAAACGAGUUAA